CGACGACUACCCAGGUAUCCACGAGAAGAAUUUGACAGCUCAUGCUAAACGGUUAAGUAUCUUGGUUUCACUCGGCUUGGCACUGAUAUAGGCUACCAGGGUGUUCAAUGGGAGUUCUACACGACGCUAUCGUCAUAGUCAUGUCUGACACCCUUCCAUGCAGUGACACUCAAUGGUACCUCGGUAGCGCCGGCCUCGAUGUAUACUUCAAGGCGCAGCAAUGCUUAAGUUAUUGAAUAAUCGGAGGAAUUGUCGUAUCCACUAGUGCAAAGUUGAAGAGCUUUACGACGGCAAUGUCGACAGGGUGUAAGGUUCCAAGAGGUGCGGGGGAGUCGCCGAAGACGCGGGGUCAGGCGCUCAGUCAAGAACACUAUACUCUUAUUUCGCUCGCGACCACGACCAGCCGUCCAUCAUGGCAAACGUUCUGCGCGUGGCAGCAUGCCAUGUAUCGCCGAUCUUUCUAAAUGCACGCCGAACAACCGAUAAAGCCAUAUCACUCAUCAAGCAAGCGGGAUCCAAUAAGGCCAACCUUGUAGUGUUUCCCGAGACCUACAUCUCUGCUUUUCCGAUAUGGAGUGCUCUACGUGCGCCCUCGGAAAACCAUACACUCUUCCAGCGCAUGGUACAGGAGUCUAUCUAUGCUGAUGGUGAUGAAAUGGAGGCGGUACGUGAAGCGGCGCGAUCGAAUAACGUCCUUGUAAGCAUCGGCUUCAGCGAACGAUCCCGGCACAGUAACGGCUGCCUAUACAACUCGAACAUCUUCAUCGGGAAGGAAGGAGAAGUCCUCGUCCACCAUCGCAAGCUGGUCCCUACCUUCUUCGAGAAGCUUACGUGGAGUAGCGGUGACGGCCAUGGGCUGCGUGUGGCUGACACGCAAUUCGGUCGCAUCGGCACAUUGAUUUGUGGCGAGAACACUAAUGCGCUUGCAAGGUACUCGUUGAUUGCGCAGGCUGAGCAGGUACAUAUUUCGACCUGGCCCGCAAUUUGGCCGACAAGAACUUCACACACCGCGCAAUCCACCGACGAUAGUAAUGAGCAAUCUAGUCCAAGCGUUGCGCGUGAGACGAAUUACGACAAUCUAGCGGCGAACAAGACCCGCGCCGCAGCACAUUGCUUCGAAGCGAAGUGUUUUGGUGUAGCGUGCUCUGGCCAUCUCGCUGAAGACGCUAUCAAGACUAUCAUCGACGGGGCAAGCCAGCCGGAUGUCGUGGCCGACACUUUACGCGCUAUGCCCCGAGCUGCGACCUUCUUCCUGGAUCCCACUGGCGCUCCGUUGCGUAGCUUUACCUACCGGGACGCGGAAAAAGAGUACGUGCACGCUUUACAAGAUCAAGAAGGUAUAUUGUAUGCCGACAUGAGCCUGGACGACUGCAUUGAGGGAAAACAAUAUCACGAUGUCGUAGGUGGGUAUCAGCGACUGGAUGUGUUUGAUCUCAAAGUCGAUCGAUCAAGGAAAGAACCGGUACGCUUCAGUUAAGAUCUGGGCUAUAAGAUAGUCACCUAUUGUCGUUAUCACCCCAUGCGGCAUCGUGUCGAGGCAGUUCACAAAACGCUCUUCGAUCGUAUGCAUUAUUUAUACAAGAGCUCCGCGAUACUUCCGUAGGCCAGCACCCUCGCGUUCACCGUAUCGAAAAGUAGUGAGUCUCUAAUGACGCUACCAUACUUCUCGUCAACCCUCGUCACAG